GCCGCGGAGUUGGCGCGCCUUCGGGGCGGGAGGCGGCGGCGGCCCCGACCAUGGUGGCGCGCCGGGGGGGAUCCCCGCUCGGGCAGUGCUGCUGGGCCGUGUGGGUGCUGCUGUGCCGGAGCGCGCUGGCCAGCUCGCUGGUGCUCGAGCCCAUCUACUGGAACUCCUCCAACCCCAAAUUUCUACCUGGACAAGGACUGGUACUAUAUCCAAAGAUAGGAGACAAACUGGAUAUUAUAUGCCCAAAGGUGGACUCUAAAACUGUUGGCCAGUAUGAAUAUUAUAAGGUCUACAUGGUUGAGAAAGACCAAGCAGACAGCUGCAUUGUUAAAAAGGACAACACACCUCUACUUAACUGUGCCAAGCCUGAUCAAGAUGUUAAGUUUACUAUCAAGUUUCAAGAAUUCAGCCCUAACCUCUGGGGCCUGGAAUUUCAGAAAAACAAAGAUUAUUACAUCAUAUCAACAUCCAAUGGAUCACUGGAGGGCUUGGAUAACCAGGAGGGAGGGGUGUGCCAGACAAAAGCCAUGAAGAUCCUCAUGAAAGUUGGACAAGUUCCCAAUUCUGGUGGGUCCCCAAAUAAUGCUGAUCCAACUAAACGCCCGGAACAGGAGGCUGGUACCAACGGGAAAAGCUCUACAACAAGUCCCUUUGUAAAGGAUCACUCAGGUUCCAACACAGAUGGCAGCAAGGCUGGUCAUUCCAGUAUCCUCGGUUCAGAGGUGGCCUUAUUUGCAGGGAUAGCUUCAGGGUGCAUCAUUUUCCUCAUCAUCAUCAUCACGCUGGUGGUUCUGUUGCUGAAGUAUCGGAGGAGACAUCGGAAGCAUUCACCACAGCACACGACGACUCUAUCACUCAGCACGUUAGCCACCCCGAAACGCAGUGGGAACAACAACGGGUCCGAACCUAGUGACAUUAUCAUCCCUCUGAGGACUGCAGACAGUGUCUUUUGCCCCCACUACGAAAAGGUCAGCGGUGACUACGGACACCCGGUCUACAUAGUCCAAGAGAUGCCCCCUCAGAGUCCAGCAAACAUUUAUUACAAAGUCUGAUGAACGCUCAGCGUGGUACCUUUUGGGAACUCUUUCUGGCCAAAUGCUAUCCAUGACGGGGUUGGGUUGCGAUGAGCCCCUGUGCAGGUUACUGGAUCAGGUGCGGCGGAGGGAACAGCGAGGCCCCUGACCCUGUUGCAAGGAGUCGGACCGCUUCUCUAGUCUGUAGAAUUCCUGUCUCGGAGAACAAGCUUUGGCUUGGGAGCUGGAAGAAUUUGCAUUAGAAGAUACCCAUACCAAUUGCUGUACAUUCAUCACCCUCUAAGCCAUGUGCUGCAGGCGUUCAGGCACGCACAUAAAAAAAAAGCCCAGAGAAGAUGAAGCAAUUCGUGGAUGAUAAUGGUUUUAGGCAUUCUGGGAAGAAGUCUUAAGUCAUCCACCUUGAAAUGAAGCCCAGUGACUCUGUGUGCGUGCUUCUCUCUUAGUGCUUAUGGAUUUGUCAUACAGAACCUCGGCUUUUAAGUAAGACUUUUAAUCAUUUUUUUUCUUGCUUUAGUCUGUCCCCAUAUUGCAUUUUACUUCAGUUAGGUAGCGUUCUGGCAUUCUUCACACGCAAAUUAUGUCUCUCCACACCUGCAUCGCUGUUGG